AAGAAAAAUUAUUAAUUAAUCUAUUUUAUAAUAUUUUAUUGACGCUGUGAACAGAGUCACACUAACGGUAGAACUUACUCAAACCAAAGAUAACUCGGCUAACCGAAUAGCAUGUGUUAUAAAUUUUUAGUAGUUCACAAUUAAAAGAAGAGCAUUGCUAUUGGGCACCUUCUAAAUGUGUCGACUUGCAAUUGGCUAGCGAUACUCUAUAAAAAUUAUUAUAUUAAACUAUAUGGGACCCGAUACUUAAUUGCACCAAUAGCGAUAUUAACACGUAGGAGGGUGCUAGGCACCAGUGGUGCGUUUAGCAUUUCUCUUAAAAGAAAUAACUCAUGUUCUUUGUUUCAAGCUGCGGAAGAUUCUCACUGCCAGAGUUCCACAAGCACCUACUAUGCAUACAUAGAUGAGACCCAGAGCCACCAUUUUUGGACCUCUCUUCAAUCCGACACCCCAACUUCUCUCUUCAUCUCUCUCACUCCACAAACCCCAGCUCGGUUCGCUUUCCUAUAUCUUCUUAAAUUUUCUUAGUAAGCUUCGGUUCUCGACAACCCCAUCAUCGCUUUUGGAGUCUUCAUCACAAUCAAGCCCAACCCACAUAGAUUACCCAUCACUUUCUUCUUUCACUGGCAUUGCUCAAUCUGUCAUAUCUAGAUGUUCCCAUUUUGUAGAGAAUGACAAUACCAAAAGCUUUAAUAGCGAUUCUCCAAAAGAACUUCUUCGGGAGAUUUCGGAUAUCGUUCCUGAAUACACGCGUAGAUUUCGUCGAGUUUCUGAGCUCAAAGCCGAAGAUGUGCUUCAAUUAUUACUGGGGUUUCAAUUUGAGUGUGGGAAAGUUGGAAUUGGAGCUAGCAAGGUUGAAGCUUUACGGGAAUUGUUCAAGUGGGCUAAUGAACAAAGUAAGGAUUUUGAGCAUCUUCCUCAGUCAUGGGAGGUCAUGGCUCGAUUGCUUGUCCAAGUGGGGUUGCUUAAAGAAGUUAAAGUCUUGCUCUUAUCAGUGGAGAGACAAGGAAUUUCUAUGGAUUGUCAUGAAAUUUUCAGUAAUAUGAUUGAAGGGUAUGCUUGUAGAGGUGAAUUAGAGAAUGCUAUUUCUGUAUAUGAUAGAAUGAAGCAACUUGGUUUUGCUCCUUCAUUGUUGUGUUAUUGUAUUCUUCUUGAUCAUUUGGUUAGAAUAAAGAAAACCCACAUUGCUUUGGGAGUUUGUUUAGAUAUGGUUGAGAUGGGUAUUGAUUGGAAUGAGAUGGUGAAAACAACUCUUGAUAAUGUCAUUAGAUUACUUUGUGUAGAUGGAAAUAUUCAAGAGGCAAGAAAUCUUGUCAAGAAGGUAAUGGCUUGUGGAUACAAGGUUAGUGACUCUUCUAUUAAUGAUAUUGUUUUUGGGUAUUGUGAGAAGAGGGACUUUGAUGAUGUGCUAAGUUUCUUUUUUGAGAUAAAAUGUUCACCUGAUAUUCUAGCUGGGAAUAGAGCUAUACAUUCUUUGUGUAGUUAUUAUGAUACAGAAAUGGCUGAACAAUUUAUGCAUGAGUUGAAGAGUUUUGGUUUUGUUCCUGAUGAGAUAACCCUUGGUAUCUUAAUUGGUUGGAGUUGCCAUGAAAGGAAUCUAAAGAAUUCCUUUGUUUAUCUUGCAGAGAUAUUUGCUAGAGGUUUACAACCCCAUUUAUGUACUUAUAAUGCUCUCAUUGGAGGGUUGUUUUUGAAAGGUAUGUGGAAACAUGCUCGAGACGUUUUUGAUGAAAUGGUAGAGAGGGGAACAACUCCUGAUCUAUCAACAUUUAGAAUUCUUUUAGCGGGGUAUUGUAAAGCUAGGAAAUUUGAUGAAGUGAAAAGGACAAUUUGUGGGAUGGAGAAAUGUGGUAUAGUGGAUAAUAUAUCAUUAGAAGGGAAACUGUCUAAAGCUUUUUCGGUUUUGGGUUUUGAUCCUUUAGCUGUGAGUCUAAAGAGGGAUAGUGGUGUGGGACUCUCUAAAACCGAGUUCUUUGACAAUCUUGGCAAUGGACUUUACUUAGAUACUGACAUUGAUGAGUAUGAUAGGAGAGUUACAGGGAUUCUAGAAGAUGGUCUAGUGCUUGAUUUGAACUCACUUGUAGAAAAGGAUUGUAAUCAUGGAAACCUGAAAGGUGCACUAGCUUUAGCAGAUGAAAUGGCUCAUUGGGGACAAGAAUUGUCUUUGUCUGUGUUCUCUGUCUUAUUGAAAAGGUUGUGCUUGUCACGAUAUCAUAUUAAGGUCUAUACAAAUAUUUUAGAGAAAAAUCUGAAGAUGGUUAAUUUGCUUGACCAAGAAACUCGAAAUUUACUUGUACAAGUUUACUACUGCAAGAGAGGAUGGAGAUUCAACGGGAAGAUAGUUUGGGACAGCAUGCUGCACGGGCAUUUAAAACUCCAUAACGAGACAUACACUGCUAUAAUAACAGGUGUUUGUAAAAUGGGAAAUGUUAGGGAUCUUCAUGGUUGGUGGGAUAUUGCUCGAGAAGAGAGGUGGGUGCCAAGGCUUGAGGAAUGUAAAUCCCUUUUGGAAUGCCUAUGUAGUAAGGGAAUGCUGAAUGAAGCGCUGGAGCUGUUCGAGAACAUGAUGGUGUCUUUUCCUCACAUGAGGUUAGACGUUUGUCAUCUGUUUAUUGAAAAGCUCAGUUUUGCAAGGUUGACUAGAGUGGUACAUAUAUUGAUAGAAGAGCUUAAUAAAAGGGGUUGUGUAAUGGAUCAUCUAGCUUACAGUCAUCUUAUAAGAGGAGUGUGUAAGGAGGGAAAAGUUUCCGAAGCUUUAGAAAUAUUGGAGUGUAUGCUGGCUAAAAAUUUGGCCCCGUGUUUGGAUGUUGCUGUUAUAUUAAUUCCCGAGCUGUGCAAGGCUAGUAGACACAUGAAAGCUAUUGCGUUAAAAGAGGUUAUGUCGAGCAAGGAUUCAUCAUCUUUGCUGUUUUUGAAUAAUGCAUUAAUACAAGGGUUAUGCAUGACAUGUAAGGUUGAAGAAGCAGCCAGUGUAUUCCGAGAGAUGGGAUUGAAAGGGAUACCUUCAGAUGCUGAAACUUACAAUAUUAUGGUUCAAGGCCAUUGCAAAGUCAAAAACUUUAGGAAAAUUGAGGAGCUUCUUGGUGUCAUUAUUAGAAAAAGAUUUGAUCUUUCAGCCACAACUUACCGAAAUUUGGUGCGCUUAAUGUGUAUGGAGGGCGAGGUCUCUUGUGCACUAAAGCUGAAGGAACUUAUGCUUGGACAAAGCAAGACACCUUACCUUGUUAUUUACAACAUUCUGAUUUUUUCUCUGUUCUUUUCGGGGAACAGUUUGUUUGUAAAUGAAGUUGUGGAUGAUUUGCAAAAGAAGACACUGCAGCUCGAUGAAGUCUCUUACAAUUUUCUUGUGUAUGGAUUUUAUCAGUGUAAAGACUUGGCUAAUGCUUCUCAGUAUUUAUGCACUAUGUUGUCCAAGGAAAUCAAACCGAACAAUCGCAGCUUGAGGGCAGCUAUAACGGCCCUAUGUAAUGGCGGAGAGCUUGUGAAAGCAUUAGAGUUGAGUCGGGAGAUGGAAGUAAGGGGCUGGCUUCAUGAUUCCAUCAUUCAAAAUGCAAUUGUGGAGGGCCUUCUUUCUCAUGGUAUGGUUAAAGAAGCAGAAACUUUUCUCGACAGACUUAUGGAGAAAUGUCUGAUUCCCGAUGGCAUCAAUUACGACAACCUUAUCAAAUGUUUUUGCUCAUAUGGAAGACUAAGCAAGGCAAUUAACCUUCUAAACAUAAUGUUAAAGAAAAGCAGCAAUCUUCCAAGUUCCACCAGUUAUGAUUCUGUAAUUAGCUCUUGUUGCUCGAGUAACUUCCUUAAUAAAGCUCUGGAUUUUCACGCUGAGAUGCUCGAUAAGGGUCUUAACCCGAGUAUCAACACUCAGAACAUAAUUGUCCAUCACCUUUGCGAAGAUGGACGAACUUUGGAAGCAGAAGGGAUUUUGAUUUCUAUGGCUCAUGCCAACGAAACACCAACUAGGGAGAUGUUCUCGUCUGUAAUCAAUAGGUAUCGCUUCGAAAACAAUCACAGGAAGGUGUCUGAGCUCGUUCGGGUGAUGCAACACAGCGGUUAUGAACCAGAUUUCAAGACACAUUGGUCUCUCAUAACCAAUCUAAGAAAUUCAUUUGACAAAAACACAAACAAAAGCAGCCAAGGCUUCCUUUCAAGACUCCUUUCUGAAAGUGGAUUCACUAGGAAAAACUGAUACAAGGGCUACACACAGGUUUGACUUGAUUAACAAAUGUUAAAUAUUUUUCAUGUGUUUUCUUUUUUGUUCUCAUAAAAAUUACUUUUGGCAACUUCAGCUAAAUGUAACAAAUGGACUGGUUUGGCUUAGAUUUUUUAACAUGUUUUGAUCUUUUGUGAGAAGUUAGAAUAAUUUUGUAAUUAGUAAGUUAUUUGUAUACAUGUAUUCUUUUAUAACGUAUAAAAUAAAAGAAUUUAGCGUGCAAAGAAUUAUUU